GAGAGAGAGAGAGAGAGAGAGAGAGAGAGAGAGAGAGAGAGAGAGAGAGAGAGAGAGAGGACUGUCUUCCGGUUCAAAUAUUUCAGAUAAGAAAACCAAAGACAUUGCGAAGGAGAGAGAGACGGAGAGAGAGACGGAGAGAAAAAUUCCCGCUCUCUCUCUCUCUACCUCUCUACAUUGCUUCCUCCAUAGGGUUUCCUCUUUCCGCUUCCACUGUUUUGUCUUCUCUUCUUCAUGUCAUUCGGCCCUCACUUCCGCAGCAUUUCUCUCAAAUUUCUCUAAAUUCGUUUCGGCAAUUGAUCCGAGUUUUCCUGCUUUCUCGCCGGUUCCAUGGCUCUGGAUGAUUGGAGGAGCUCUCGUGCAGCGGUGUAGAAUCUCUUCCUUACGGUACAUAAUACAUUUGCCUGGUCUCAAUGGUAUGCUCAGUUGGAAAUGGGAGAAUGGCAGUGAUGACAAGGCUUCUGGCUGCAGGGAGUUUCUCCCGAACUAUUGCUGAGGAAGUUGGUCAUCAGAAAUUAGCUUCUGAAUUUAUCUGUAGAGAACUUCGUGAUGCAGAUGAAGCAAAUUUAAUUGAUGAAGAAGAUAUGCACGUCUUUGGUUUGAAGCCUAUGGUUGAUCCUCUGAACUUGGUUUCCUGCAAUAUUUGUAAGAAGCCAGUAAAGGCCAGUCAAUAUAUCAUUCAUUCAGAACUAUGCAGGUCACUAGGUUCCGGACAAGGAACUAUUAUGGACCUUGAUAGUGGGAUGGGCCAUAGGAAACACUCAAGGAAGGAGAAGAAAAAGUUGCUACCUGCUGAUGCUAAUAUAUCAGCUGUGGAGAAAGAAGGGUCUGAAUCAACAUAUGCUGACUAUUCUUCUGCACCUGUGUUUCCAAUUAGUAACGAAUUUGAAAUGGUCAAGUUGACAAAAAGAAAUUCAACUUGUACUGUGGCGCCUAUACUGGAUGAUAGUGCAGGAGUCUGUCAUGGUGUUGUAGACCAUUCAGCUAGUCCGAUACAUCCUUCCACAAAACGAUCCAAAUUGAUAACUGGUGAAGGGCUGUUACUGGCAUCUGAUUUAGAACCAUCGUCAUCUAAAACAAAAAUUAGAAAUGAUCCAUUUCCCCUUGCAAGUAAAAUAUACUACUCUCAAAGAAAUAAUCGUUUGCGCUCGACCCUUAGUUAUCUUUACUGGGAGGCUGUUUCAUCUAGCAAGGAAAUUUGUAAUAUGGUGGAUCAUGGAAUGGCUAAGGAAAAUAUAAAACAAUUUCAUAGUACUUCCCAGGAGGAGUCUCAAGAACAAUCAAGUGAUAUUAUUGGAAAGAAGAUGGAUAGUCAUUCCUUAACAUCUGCAUGGAAAUCUGACCGUAAUCUGGCCAUAUUCUCAUCUGGGAAAUGUCUGCCUGCUGGUGGUGCCUCAACUAAGUUUGUUACUGGCAGCAGUGUUGCAUGGCCACAGAUUGCUCCAGUUGAAUUAACACAAAAGAAAUUAUCUACCUAGAGGGCUAGAUCUAACUAUUUUGAAGGAAAACCACUGGAAAGUAGGCAACAGCCAAGCGGAAGUGUUCCUGCUGUACAGAAGUCUAGGUGGCACUUUUUUGUAGGCACAGUGGUACAUAUAAUUAACCUUAAAACUUCAAGUUUGGACCAAGAAUCUGUAUUUUGAUACUGGCAUUGAAAAUCAUUUAAAAUUAUUCAUUCAUUUUCUUUGUAUUUAA